AUGCAACCCUCCUCGGGCUUCCAAUGGUUCCUCCUCGUCUGCCCCGCCGUCGUCGUCCUCGCAUACUUCGUCACCAUAUUCCCCCACACCCCAAGCACCCUCUAUGUCCACCCCUCUCUCGCCACUCUCGACAAGGCCGCUCCUAGCUGGUCAAUAUAUCCAGAUAACUACUAUGAAGGUGGCGCGUAUGUCAAGCUUCCCCAGGGCUCCACCCGAUAUUGGCUCAUAGGCCCGGAGGACGGCAAGCGGGUUGUUCUCAUCCACGGACUCUCCGUGCCGUCCAUUAUAUGGAGGGACGUCGCGCCGAAUCUCGCCAAGAACGGCUAUCGCGUCCUACUCUACGACCUAUACGGGCGUGGCUACUCCGACGCGCCUCAUACAACGUACGACGCGAACCUCUACACAACACAGCUCGCGCUACUCCUCCAAUAUGUUGGAUGGAAUAAAGCGAACAUCGUUGGUGUGUCCAUGGGCGGUGGAAUUGCUGCGGCUUUCAGCGCACAAUUCCCCCACCUCGUUAAUGACAAGGUUGUACUCAUUGCCAGCGCAGGCCUGAUGGAUUCCUCCGACAUGUCCAGGACUACUAAGUUCCUGUCCUCUCCCCUCAUGCAAGUCGUCGCAUCAAGCUCCCCUUUCCGCCUCUAUCUCCAAUACCUGGCGGACCAGAAAGCUCCUUCAGAUCCUAUUGCAGAGCUCGUGCGCAUACAAUCAGCAUAUCUGCCAGGUUACAACGCCGCGCUUGCAUCCUCGAUGCGAGACGGCCCUCUGCGCAACCUCGCCCCACAGUUCACCGCGCUCGGCCGGCAUUCACGCAAGACGAAUGGACGAGUACUUGUUAUCUGGGGCACGGCGGACAAAGUCGUACCGUAUCGCUACGCGGCAAAGGUGCAGACGUACAUUCCGCACGCGGAGCUCGUCACGAUCGAGGGUGGCCCGCACGACAUCACAAUCAGCCACCCAGACGAAGUCUCGCGGGCCCUGCUUCACUUUCUUAGUCAAUGACAUUCAAAAGUCUAGCCAAGCCAAUCGCUCAUUGUGGCGCCUCUUAUCGUCGCCCACGUCGUCUUUCGCGACCGUCUUGGACAAUUCCGCUUCGCAUAUAUGCGGUCUGCUGCCUUCUCGUUGGGCAUCGGCUCUGAGCGUAUGCUCGCUUUGACAUACAUGCUCUUCAGUGAUGUUGUUUUUUCGUUCUUGCUUGCGCUACCCUCUUGGCUAUCCUUCCAUUUCCAUGCACACGUUCCGCGUCCACCACACCUUAUCUCCGUGUUUAGUUGUCAACACUUCAUUUCCACCUCCACAAGUCCUCACUGUUAAUCAUCGUAUAUGCACACGCCGCACUUGCAUGCAAUCCGCCGUCUCGCUCUCCGUCACUUACAUGAGCAUACCCACAUACAUAUUACAUAUCACUACCGCCCAUAACGCUUGCCUGGUGUACUCGUCUGACCUCCGUUCCCCAAUCCCAUCGUUCACCUUGUAUCCC